GCAAAUAUGGGCAAAGAAAGGAUCCAUAUCAACCUGGUCAUAAUUGGACAUGUAGACAGUGGCAAAUCCACAACUACUGGUCACCUGGUCUACAAAUGUGGAGGAAUUGACCAUAGAACAAUUGAGAAAUAUGAGAAGGCUGCAACCCAGAUGGGAAAGAGUUCCUUCAAGUAUGCCUGGGUUCUGGACAAACUGAAAGCAGAGAGGGAACGUGGCAUUACAAUUGAUAUUUCCCUGCUGAAAUUCAAUACACAGAAAUACACCUUUACUAUAAUUGAUGCACCUGGUCAUCGUGACUUCAUUAAGAACAUGAUCACAGGGACUUCUCAGGCUGAUGCUGCUCUACUAAUUGUCUCCGCUGCGAAGGGUGAAUUUGAGGCAGGGAUUUCUCGCAAUGGUCAGACAAGAGAGCAUGCUUUGCUGGCUUACACCCUUGGGGUCAAACAGCUCAUGGUCUGUGUCAAUAAAAUGGACCUCACUGAGCCGCCAUUCAGCCAGAAACGUUAUGAUGAGGUGGUGAAGAACGUUUCGGUGUUCAUCAAGAAGAUUGGCUUUGAGAUUGGUGCUGUACCUUUCAUACCAGUUUCGGGUUGGAAUGGUGAGAACAUGAUUGCCCCAUCCCAGAAGGUAAUGCCAUUCUCAACACCCUUGCCAUGA